AUGCUCUCUGCCUUCAGCGCCAAGCCGAUUGUCGAGCUGAAGGCGCGCGACAAGUCCCGGAUCGAGUCGAUCCUCGCGUACGGAGACCGCGUGCUCGUCGGGCUCAGCACCGGCGCGCUGCGCAUCUACCGCGUCAACGAGGAGACGGAGCCCACGGCGAACGGCACUGCCAACGGCGACGCCCACGCCCACGCCCACGCCCACGCCCACGCCCACGCGCCCGCCGCCAGCGAUGGCCCCGACCCGGCGAGCGCGCCCGCGAAGCCGCGCGCGGCGGACCUGCUGCGCGAGGAGGACAAGUUCUCGCGGCGCCCCGUGCAGCAGCUCGGCUUCCUCAAGGAGACCAACAUCCUGAUCUCGCUGUCGGACAAUCACGUGUCCAUCCACGACCUGCACACGUACCAGCUGCAGGAGCGCCUCGAGAAGACGCGCGGCGCCACCACCUUUGCCGCCGCCAGCAACAUCGUCAAGGACCCGGCCACGGGCAUCCCGUCUAUCGUGAGCCGCCUCGCCGUCGCCGUCAAGCGCAAGAUCAUCCUGUGGACCUGGCAGGACACGGAGCUGAGCGGCGACGCCGUCGAGCUGGCCCUGGCCGCCUCGGUCAAGAGCCUAACCUGGGCCUCGGGCACGAAGCUGGUCGCCGGCAUGGACCCUGGCUUUGUGCUGGUCGACAUGGACACGCUCGCCGUGCACGACAUCGUCAAGCCAGGCCCUAUGGGCGACGCCGCCGGCCAGGGCGGCGCGCGCUUCGGCGCCGUCUCGUCGUCGGGCAUGGGCUAUAUGGGCAUGGGCAGCUGGGUGCCGAAGCCGCUGGCCACGCGCCUGCGCGAGGGCCAGAUGCUGCUCGCCAAGGACGUCAACAGCCUCUUCAUCGACGCCGACGGCACCGCCCUCGACAAGCGCCAGGUGCCGUGGGCCUUCGCGCCCGAGAUGCUCGCCUACUCGUACCCCUACAUGCUGGCCCUGCAGGCCCCCGCCAAGGGCAGCCUCGAGGUCCGCAACCCCGACACCCUGAGCCUGCUGCAGAACAUCGCCCUGCCCAACGCCACCUUCCUCCACGUGCCGCAGCCCAACAUCAGCCUGGCCCACGCCGGCAAGGGCUUCCUGGUCGCCAGCGACCGCUGCAUCUGGCGCAUGGGCGCCGAGAGCUACGAGAAGCAGAUAGACCAGCUGGCGGCGAGCGGCCGCUACGACGAGGCCCUGAGUCUGCUGGCCAUGCUCGAGGAUACCCUGCUGCGCGACAAGGAUGGCCGCGUCCGCGAGAUCAAGACGCUCAAGGCCGAGGCCCUGUUCCACGACAAGAAGUGGCACGACUCCAUGGACCUUUUCAUCGAUGCCCAGGCCCCGCCUGAGCGUGUCAUAGCGCUGUUCCCGCGAGCAGUCGCCGGCCAUCUGUCCCAGGAGGAGAGCGUGAAAGGGGACGGCAGUGUAGCAGACGACGACGAGCUCGGCAGCGAGAAACACGUAGACGAGAGCGAAGAAAUCAAGAAGAUUAGCCGGGAGAGCACCUUCAACCCCGCCACAACCAUUGGACGAUCCAUGAUGGGCAGACUGGUCGGCGGCCAUAAGAAGGUCGACUCAGAUACCGCAUCCAUACGCUCCUCAAUCCGAGACGACGCCGCUGAGACAGCGAGCAUCAGGCCAGCCAAGAAGGUCACCGAGACGACACAGCCCGACAAGCAGCUGGACUUCAGUAACGCUCUUCGAGCUUUACAGUCUUACCUCGCACAGUGUCGCGUACAAAUCAAGCGCUACAUCGACACCGACGGUAACCUCAAGGAGCCACUCCCUGCACCCAACGACAGCCAACCCGAACCAUUCAAACCACCCUUCCACUACUUCAUUCAAGAUACCUCAGGCGAGAUCGACUGGAAGGAGAAGCUACUCGAUGUCGCGCAGCUAGUCGACACCACCCUCUUUCGCGCAUACAUGCUCACCAAGUCCUCGCUUGCAGGCUCUCUCUUCCGCCUGCCCAAUUUUUGCGAGCCUGACGUCGUACAAGAGAAGCUCUACGAAACAGGUCGCUACGCAGAUCUCAUCGACUUCCUGCACGGCAAAAGACUGCAUCGCCAAGCGCUCGAACUACUAGAGAAAUUCGGCAAGAACGAGGCAGAUGAGGAGGUGGCUCCAGCUCUGCAGGGGCCACAGCGCACGGUGGGGUACUUACAGCAGCUUCCACCCGAGAUGAUCGACCUGAUCCUCGAGUUUGCCGAAUGGCCCCUGCGGACCGACCCGAGUCUGGGUAUGGACGUAUUUCUCGCAGAUACAGAGAACGCCGAAACCCUCCCGCGCCAGCGUGUGCUUGAGUUUCUGGAGAAGCUGGACCUCAAGCUCGCAGUCAAGUAUCUCGAACACAUCAUCGAGGAGCUGAAUGAUCUCACGCCCGAUUUCCACCAGAAGCUGGUAGAUCUGUUCCUCGAGCGGUUGCGGUCGGGGACCUUCGAGGAUGAUGAAAAGGUAACGUGGCGUGAACGGCUGCAGACAUUUCUGAAAACGAGCGGAAACUAUAACAAUUACCGCGUGUUUAAGCAGUUGAGCCCUGAUGAUCCGGACUUCUUCGAAUCUCGUGCCAUCGUUCUUAGCAAGAUGGGUCAGCAUAAACAAGCGUUGCAGAUAUACGUUUUCCAAUUGAAAGACUAUGUAAAAGCUGAAGAGUACUGCAAUACCAUCUUCCUCUCCACGAAUGCACCUGUCACAUCACCGCACCCACAAUCUCAAUCUGAAAAGGGCAUCCCUGACACCCAAGAACCCUCCAUCUACCACAAUCUUCUUUCCUUGUACCUCACACCCCCACCACCGCACGCGCCGAACUGGCCGCCCGCACUCGAUCUCUUAAGCAAACACGGCGCGCGUCUACCUGCAGCGACAACACUGGAUCUCGUCCCGCCCUCGCUGCCCGUCAAAGACCUUGAAAGCUACUUCAAGGGCCGCAUUCGCGCAGCCAAUUCGGUGCUAAACGAAGAGAGGAUCGUAGCGAGGCUGCGAGGUGUUGAGAAAGUGGGUGUGGAAAUGGCGCUGCAUCUGGGCGACCAGUAUGAGAAGAAUCCAGGGCAGCCGGGCGGGCUGAACAGGAGGGUGGUGGUGGAUGAAGAUAGACACUGUGCGGUUUGUCAUAAGCGCUUUGGUGGAAGUGCUAUCAGGGUCUGGCCCGACGGGAGUGUGGUGCACUCGGGAUGUAUGAGGGGCAGUGUCGGGAAGGGUGGGAGUAUAGAGCGUCCACGGGCGUGGUAG